UCGGAUUACAUAACAGCUCAGUGUCAAAUCAUCCAGUCUGUGGAGGACAAGUUAAGGGGGUCUUCACCAGCGAUGCGGACCGCCGAGCGGACUCUCCCCAACAGCUUUCAUGCCAUCCCCCUCCACUCCUCCUCAUUCCUCCUCCUCCCCACCCGCCAGCCCACCCUCUCCCUACCUUCCUCCCUCGCACAUACACACUCGCACUCAGUCAUGAAUGCACAGGGAUUGCAGCAGCGGCAGCAUCAGCAUCAUCAUCAGCAGCAGCAGCAGCAGCACCCCGAGAUGGAGAUCUCCGCUGUGAGCGCCCGUAACCGCUGUCACCGCACCGGCUGCCUUUCUGGCUGGACACAAGCGCGGCGCCCGACGAACGCGCGGAUGGACACGGGGGAGAGGCGCUCGCUUGUCCUUUGCACCUCUGAUCUGUGUCUCAAGGAAAUAUGGUGAGCAAAGAGGACGGCAAAUGCAUGGUUGCGUCAGACUCCGAUGACUCCGAUUCCGACCCGGGCCUCGCGCACAACCUCGACGAGCAGCAGGUGAAGAAGAAAAACAAGGCCUUGCAGGUGCGAUUUCAGGAUAUCUGCGAAGCGCAGAAUGAGUUUCGAGGGAAGCACACCAGAUCCAUUUCCUGUAAAGUGACCCACCGACAGUACAUGACCAUGCCCGCCAGACGAUCCAUCCCAAACGUGACCAGGAGCACUGGCGUGCAGACAUCGCCGGACCUGACCAAACGAUACAAAACUUUUCCCUUUGAGAGGAAAAAGGGCCACACGUUUAAACACGCCGCCCUGGUGGAAGAUUACAGAGGACAAAAUAACGGCUUUUUGAGUGACAUAAAAGCAGUCGGAGAGGACGGGCAACCCAUCGGGGUGACUUCCAAGUACAAGGGUAAGAUUGUGGGGCAGACAAAAGCGUUGCUCCAUCACACCGACGACAGCAGCGAGACGGAGGAUUUAAUUUGCGACGCCAACUGUUUGGACGGACCCUCUUGUACGGACUCGCAUUUCUCGCAAGACUCCCGUCUGAGCAACCCUUCGUCCAAAAGUGAACCGGAACACCAGGACUGCGGCACAAGGACCAAACACAAAGGAUUACACCGAGAGGAAAGCGAUGCCGGCGCCUCCUCCAAGCGUCAGCUGCCUAGCUCGGACGUCGUGAAGGGCCGGGGCCCGGUCGCGUGGAAUUCUUUGACCCGAGUGGAGUCUUUAGGGAGCCCCUCCAAGGCUUGCAAAAGAAAAAAGGGAGCGCAGCCGAGCGAGCAGCAGUCACAGACGCUCCCUCACAGCGCCAAAUGUUCGGCGCAGUCGGAAGGACCGUGUCGGACGAGGCACACGUCGGCGUCCUCUAAACUGCAGCAGACGCCGGGGACGGGCGCGGGCUUCCCCCCGGGAAAUACCGGAGCUGCUCUAGGCGUGGGCGGCGGCCAGCAGAUAAUUCCCUUAUCUGAUGACAAGGAUAUCAAAGCACAGCUGCAGGCGAUGGAGACGCUCAUCAACUCCAGCCAGGAGACCAUCAAGGUCCUGCUUGGAGUUAUUCAGGAGUUGGAGAAAGGCGAAGCCCAGCGAGAGGGGCUCACCUACCGAACAGGACAAGACACGGCGAACUGUGACACUUGUCGAAACAGCGCAUGCAUCAUUUACAGCGUGGAGUUGGACUUUAAGCUGCAGGAGGACAAGCUGCAGCCGCUGAUGAAGAGACUUUGCCCCCAGGACAGCCAACAAUGUCCCUCCCUGCCUUACUCCAACGAAGUCUUCACAUCCACUCCCAAACGCAAGUCCAAGUCUGACUCUAAGAAGCACGCCCGCUGGAAACUGUGGUUCCUUUGAAUGGAACAUGAAUGCUUUGGAAACGGCCUUUUAUCGGGCGCCCUAAUAUCCCGUGCUCGUCUCAAAACGGAUAAACGAAUAUUCCGGAGGAGGAAUCAAGCCAAGAGGAUGGAUAAGAGUACAGUAGAGAACCGUUCAUUUUUGCGGGGUUCUGAGCUGAGACUGCACGUCAAGUCAGCGGGGAGAAAACAAAACACACAAAAAAAUAAAUAUAUCUUUCAAACUAUGCCAAACGUUUUUCUGGCUCAUUAGCUGGAGAGGACGGAUGAACACCUGCAAAUCUAGCAGACCGCUUGGCAACAAGAGGAGACGCCACGUGAAGGGGGUUAGGAGGGGGGGCCUUUGAUUGGUGAAGGUGUAAGCGUUGAAUGGACAGCACCUCCGGCAAAGCACAACAAUUGACUAUUUACAAGGAACACGUGUCAAGGACUGACGUUCAGCACGGUGCUUCCCGCUCGGCCGAGGGCUCGCCCGCCGCUUUUUCGUCUUCUGUCACUCCUUUGAAUUCAGUUCUCCGUGCAAACAACCGACCGACAUCGCCUUAGAUAAGACAUCAUGUUUAUUCCCCCAACCCUACCACCACCACCACCACCUUAAUGGAUGGUACACGGAGUUCGGAAUGUAUGAAUGUUUUUUUUUUUUUUUUUUUGCGCAUUGGCUGUGUUUACUGCACCGUAAAGUAUCUUCUGCAGGCUCGACUGAGCAGCGACAUGAUGGAGAAAGGUGCUUGAAUUUUGUAGUUUUAUGCCUCAGAUGUAGGCAGGUGGAGUUGAGGUGAUCAAGUCAGGGUUAUAAAAAUAGUCCCGCAUGAACCAGCCGGGAAAAAAAAAAAAAAAAAAAAAACACCCUGCAGAAAAUACACCAAGUAAAUACAGCCACAGCCAAUCUUUUCAAUUAUAAUUAACGUAUUUAUAGGAAAGAUAAUGACAUUUUGGCAGAGGAAAAAAAAAGGCAUGAGUGAGUCUCUCCUUCAUUUUUUAAAAACGGUAUUUUCUGGAUGAGCUCACGUUUUUAACAACACAUGCAUACAUACUGUAUUUGUAUUUUUUUUGGGAUGAUGUGACGCUUUGGAAGUCCCGGUGGGAAGUAAAGGCUGUUUUUGAAAGGCCUUCUUGAUGUUGUGAUGAUCGUUUAUCGCAUGAUGAACUUGUACUGAAAUGCCACUUUUCUCCUCCGGAGGCAGCAGUGGAUAGAAAUCAAUUUGUUCACUCUUGGGCUCAAGCUUAGAAAGUUUUUUUUUUUUUUUUUCACGGAUGUCACAAUAUUAUCUUACAAUGUCACCUGCAGAUUUCUCUC